AUGUCAUCUGAAAGAUGCCCCUUCUGCAAGAUCGGGAAAACCAACCCAUCCGGCCCCUUCACCGAGCCGGAGUCUAGACCUGUCUUUCCAGAAGCAGGUACUGAGACAACGGCGCAUAUGAUUCUGUCAACCGACCAUGUCCUUGCAUUCUUGGAUAUCAUGCCUCUCACACGUGGUCAUGUACUUGUGGCUCCUAGACAGCACUAUGAGAUGCUAGGCGAUAUGGGUGUUGAGGCGGGACAGGAGAUAGGCAAAUGGCUUCCUAUCAUUUCACGAGUCGUGACCAAGACCGUGUUUGGCGACGACCCGGACAGACAUUGGAAUGUUGUACAGAAUAAUGGUGUCCGUGCUGCCCAAGUGGUCCCUCACGUCCACUUUCAUAUUAUUCCCCGCCCUUCUACAUAUGCUGCGAGGCCAGGUUUCGCCAUGUUCGGCAAAGGACAGCGAGAGGAGCUUGAUGACGAGGAAGGUGCGGCGUUGGUGCAGGCUAUGAGAGCCGAGCUGGCGCUGGAGGUUCAGCGCAUUAAGGAGAACGAGGGGGGUAGAUCUUAG